AUGAGGAGGAGCUCCACCGUUGCCGGCAGCUGCGGCCGGCAGUCCGUCACGGCUCUGAGGGUGCAGGACAGCAACAAGCUGGGUCUCCAGACGCCCCAGAUGAAGGACAGAGCCAUGUCUGGGAAGCUGAGCAUGAGCAAGCCCACCCCCAGCACCGCCGAGAGGAAGGUCAGCUCUGUUGGGCCCAGGGCCAGCGGCGCCGGGGGCUCCCGCGGCAGCCAGUUCGGCGUCUUCGGCACCGAGAAGAUGAAGGACCCCAGGCCCCUCCACGACAAGGCCUUCAUCCAGCAGUGCAUCAAGCGGCUCUCUGAGUUCCUGGCAGAGAACGGCUACGGCCACAGCAUCUCCAUCAAGUCCCUGCAGUCCCCCUCGGUCAAGGACUUCCUCAAGAUCUUCACCUUCAUCUACGGCUUCCUCUGUCCCAGCUACGAGCUGCCUGGCUCCAAGUUUGAGGAGGAAAUCCCCAGACUCUUCAAAGAGCUUGGGUAUCCCUUUGCCCUGUCCAAGAGCUCCAUGUACACGGUGGGAGCGCCACACACCUGGCCUCAGAUCGUGGCAGCCCUGGUCUGGCUGAUUGACUGUGUCAAGCUCUUCUCUGCCAUGAGGGAGAACGCAGCAGCCUUCGAUGAGGACCAGGGCUGGGGAGAAGAGACAGACGAUGGCAUCACCCACAACAAGCUCUUCAUGGACUACACUGUGAAGUGCUACGAGCUCUUCAUGAAGGGGGCAGACACCUUUGAGGAGCAGGAUGCAGAGCUGGAGGCCAAGCUGAAGGAGCUGUACAAGGUGGAUGAGGCCAGGACAGAGGAGCUGCUGGCUGAGAGCAGGAGGCUGAAUGAGGAGAUUGCCAGGCUGGAGAAGGAGAAGGAGAGCGAGCCGGACCGCAGAGUGGCCCUGAGGAAGCUGAAGGCCUCCCUGGAGCAAGAUGUGCAGAAGUUCCAGGCCUAUCUGGCCAACAUGGAGUCCCACGUGGCCCUCCUGGACCAGAAGCUGGCGGGGGUGAACGAGGAGGUGGCGGCAGCCGAGCUGGAGGCGGAGGCGCUGCGGCAGGAGAACGCGCGGCUGCAGCACGUCCUGGACAACCAGCGCUACUCGGUGGCCGACAUCGAGAGGAUCCACCGCGAGAAGAACGAGCUGCAGCAGACCAUCAGCAAGCUCAGCAAGGAGCUGGAGGCCGAGGAGCAGCAGCUGUGGAACGAGGAGAUGAAGUACGCCCGGGGCAAGGAGGCGCUGGAGCUGCAGCUGGCAGAGUACCACAAGCUGGCCAGGAAGCUGAAGCUGAUCCCUGCCAGCGCCGAGCACUCCAAGGGCUACGACCUGACGCUGCACUUCAGCCCCGAGGACGGCGCCGCCUUCCUCAGCCGCUGCAGGGAGAUCAAGGGGCCCCUGAUGGACAUCAUGAACCAGACCGAGGAGGACAUCCGGGACACGGCGCAGCGGAAGAUGGCUCUCGAGGAGGCUCUGGAGCAGCUGAAUGCCAUGGUGGCAGAAAAGAACAACAGUGUGAAAGCACUGAAGGAAGAGGCUGAGAAGCUGGAUGAGCUUUACCACCAGAAGAUGAAGGAGGCAGAAGAGGAGGAGCAGAAGUGGGCAGAGAAGCUGGAGCUGCUGGAGAAGCACAAGAGGCUGCUGGAGAGCGGAGUCAACGAGGGCCUGGACGAGGCCAUGAAGGAGCUGCAGGACCUCCAGCGGCAGUACCAAGUUCUCCUGCAGACCAGAACAGAGGAGAGCAGGAGAAGGGGGGACAGGCUGGAGCACCUCCUCGAUGCAGUUGCUACUCACAUGGUGCUCAUUGAGAAAUACCUGAGCGAGCAGAGCGCCCUGACCGACAGCGCCUACGAGGAGCUCAUGGCCGAGGACCUCCUCUGCCCCCUGCGCCAGAUCCUCGACACCUACAGGAAGAAGGCUGAAGGGCUGAAGGCUGGAGGGGGCCCCAGCUCCUGA